AUGCUCAAAAAAUCAGUUAUACUCUUGUCAGUGAUAACUGUAUUUGUAUCGUGUGUGGAAGAAGAUUAUACUAUAGACAAUUAUCCAAACCCAAAAAGAGGAGGUUUCAGAGAAUGCGGAUUGCUCAGUGCUGGUCUUGUUUGCGAUCCAUAUGAGACUCUCAGUCAAUCGGAACGAUAUCGUAUCAACAACCAGCUCAUCAAUUUCGUAUCACAAACUGAGAAAAAGGAUAGCACUGAUUUUUGCACCAAAAAAGGAACUGACGCGAUGUUUGUUAUCAUGAAUUCGGCAACACAAGGAUUCGCUGAUGGACUUCGCAGACACUGGAGUAAUAUCGAUUCACAAUGCGGACGGUUCGGUAUUCUGGUUCUUUCUCUUGAUGAUCGACGUAUUUAUGCUUCUUUUGAUGAGAGAUCGCCAAUUAAGAUGACUCCUCUUCAAGCCAUCAUUGCCACAGAAGAACCCAAUAUUCAGACUGGAUCCUACACCAGUGCUGUGACGAACAUCCUCAAAGAAGCCGCAGCUUCAAUGGUUCCACAAAAUGUACCAACAACAAAAGCCCCACAAACGACAACCAAGUCUUCGACGAUACAACUUUCAGCAGCCUCCAUUCUUAUGUUAUCAAUUUUGAGGUACUUUAACUGA